AUGGAGCCUGUUGUGCUAUGGGUGAAAGCUGGAUCAGAUGGCAUUCGUUUGGGAGGUGAUCCGUUAUGCCAUCAAAUUUUCAUGAUACUUAUAGAGAAAAGUCUACACCCGGAAUCUGGUCUUGUGUUCAGUGUAAAAACAGUCAAUGAAGCGAAACCCCCAUCAGAAUUUCGUGAGGCUGGCUUAAGACAUGCUCCAGCACUGCAACAUUCCAAUGAUUUAAUUUUAUCACACCAAGAUGAAAUCAUUGAUUAUAUUGACCGCAGAUUUCCAGUACCAUCAUUGAAAUGCGAUUCUCCUGAUGCUUCAAAUGCUACUGCAAAUCUUUUCCGUGCCUUUGCAUUUUUCAUUAAAGAAGUUAAUGCAGAUCCAAAAGCCCUGGAAAUGGAGUUAAUACGAUUAGAUAGAUAUCUUGCAGAUAUAGACACACGAUUCUUAGCAGCUGAUCAUCUGACUCAUUUGGAUUGUUACAUCUUACCGAAAUUACAUACCAUUCGUAUUGCUUUAGGUGCGCUUAAAGAUUACGAAAUACCUGCUGAUUUACAUAAUUUAUGGCAAUAUAUCAAGCGUGGCUACAGUAUGGAAUCAUUUAGGAAAAGUUGUCCAAGUGAUCAGGAAAUAAUAUUGUAUUGGGCGGAAAGACCAGAUACACCAAAUUUAACGUCACAAAAACGCUCUCAGCUAUAUCGUCAAAAGAUCUCAUAUAGCUUGCAAAUACCUGCAAAUACGCAAGACGGAGGAAUUUCUUCAAACGAUUAA